UUUUGAAGAUUUCUAGUAGUGGUUUCGCCUUCAGUGAAUCAGAGAAACAUGGCGGCAGGGAACGACGAUGUUUUUGACAGCUGGGAAGAUUUGGCGGAUAGCGGGGAAUUGGAACGUCGAUUGGAGAAAGACAUGAAGACAAAAGAAAUCAAGAUCAAAAAAAACAACAAUAAGAGCCCAGCAGCACCCAGAGUCCUGGAGGAGGACACCCAACGCACACAAUACCAGCCUCAGCUGAAGAUCCUGAAACGUCCCACCAACUCUAGUGACGCGACGUCCCCCAACAGCACAGACAGUAAGCCAAAGGCAAAGCACAAAACCCUGGCACAGAGAGAGGCAGAGUACGCAGAGGCUCGGCUCAGAAUACUGGGGGCAACGUCAGCAGAGCAGACCCAGGAGGAAAGGCCUGCCCAUCUAGUCCAGCAGCUGGAGGAACUGAAGGUAGAAGACGGGGUAAGUGUCGUGCGGCAGCCUCGAGGUCCAGACGGCAGUGCAGGGUUCCAACUCAGCAGAUAGUGCAGGAAAACAACACAGCUAGCCAGAAAUAUGCCCUGUACACUCCUCGUAAUGCCACACUACGUCUCUGUCUGGGGAAAAAAUACGCAAGAUUGAUGUGAACAUAAAACACACAAGAAUAGGGCCUAGGAAAAAAAUAUUGUGUUUCCUGUUUCAGUCCUGAAAAAGGUCGGUAGGAAUUAUCUUUGGCAAUCUCUAGUGAUCAAACUUAAACAAUACAGUUUAACAAAGUAAAACUUGCAUGAGGACAUUUAUAUUUACAAUGUCAAUAUUGGAAAACUGAUUGUACAAUGUUUCACUGACAUGUCAGAUCAUGGAGCUAGAAAGGUUGUUAGCUCAAAAAAUUAUGUCCCUUGCAGGGGUCCACCUCAAAAAAAGGCUAGGGUUGGCAGUUUUUUCUAGGGUUGGUUGGGAAACAGGAAACACAACAUUUUUUGUAAGGUCAAGAGCUUUGGCAGGACUAAAUCUUGGUAAACUAUAUGCAAUUUUCACAUACUUGACCUCCUUACCCAUCUUUGUCUUUAACCCAGCUCAAAGAGCUUACAGAAUUAGUACCGCAAAAAGCACAGUGACACACAGCAAAAAAGAAAAUUCAAGUAUUUUACGCUGUUCAGGGAUUACAAAAAACUGGUUUUCCUGUCAAAGAUGACUUGUAUUUUUCAAAUGUAUACUCCAAACCACCUAAAUACUAAACCCCUUCCCUCGCUUAUCAAUCAAUGAUUCAAAGAUCACUUGUCAUUGGUACAAAUGUACACCUUUAUGAAGGUAUAAUACCUUACCUUACUGUUGAUUUGUGAAAAAAUUCUAUGGUUUGAAUUGUGUGUCAAGCAGAUGUUUAUUAUUAGAAAACAAAUAGAAAAAAAUGUACAAAAUGUAUCUUUACUAUGUUUUGCUUCAGAACUGCUCUCAGUUCAGAACUUCUCAGUUGCCACAUCUACAUUGCAUGAUGUACUGGAUAGAAGUUGUAUUUUUCACUGGUCAGUAGAUAGCCCAAGUUGGCUAGCAAGGUUAUGUGGUAGUAAACUGCAUAGACAUUACAGGGUGUAGGAAAAGGGCUUGUAGAGCUUUCUUUUAGUUGAUGAUCUAUAGGAAUGGUAAAAUGUAGGAAUGGUCACGGUAAAACUUCAACUGUGUACUUCCAAACUAGUCAAAAUGCCCAAAGGACCACUCAGGGGAGGGAUAAAAUCAGGUCUAUGUGGACAGGUGGUCACUAUAGACAGGAUUCUUCAUGCUUGUGUCAUUGUCUAGGGGACUGCCGAAAAUGGCCACAUGUGUCAGGUGGUCCAUACGUAGAGGUGAUACUUGUAGAACGUUGACUGUUGUAUUUGCUAAAAAUUACUACAUGCACCUUUAUAAGCAAGUCGGCAGAAUGUACUGUGCCUGCGCGACCCAGAUUUUUCAUGGUUUUCGUUGGAUGUUUGGUCAACAUGCAUCUGAAUUCUACCUGUUGCAGACAAUAUUCUUUCUGAUACAUUUGAAAACUAUAAACUGGACGUUAUCCUUAGAUACGCAAAUACGAUCUCAAACGAGGUGUUCUGUCAAAGUGUAGGGUUCACGCAGGUGCAGUACGUUCUGCUGACAUGCUACCUUUAUAGCAUUUACAAUAUUUUGUGCCCCAGUACUCUUGAUAAGACCUACUUACAGAUACAUUCAUGGACAUACAACAUAGUUUCAUCAAUGUUAUGACACAAAAAAAAGUGGAAAAAGAAAAUAAGGGCAACAACAAGUAGUUAUGUUGUAGUUUUAUUUUACUGAAAACAUAAGCAUUUGAAAUAACCACUGCAAUUGAUAAACCUGUGAAAAGCAUCCACAAGUGGGUAAAUUGUGGAAGAAUAGUCAGUAUUUUGUGCAACACAAUUGCAGAGGAAUAGAUAAAUGUACAUGUAUCUUUGCAUUGAGUAUUGAAAAGAAGCAAGUACAAUGUAAGUAUAGAGUGAAAUUGUUGACAAUGUUGAGAUGAUUGCGUCACGGAUGCGCUUUGUAUGGUAGGGUUUAUUUUCAGCGCGUACUACCACUGUGCAAUUGUAAAUAAAAACAAAGAAAAACUG